AUGACAAAUGAGACCUGUGAAAAUAAGUCUAUUGGGCUUAACAAUAUCGACAAAAUCGCUCUAUCAUCAUGGUUUGGAAUCGCUGGUUUGGCGGCUAUAACUGGAAACGCAGUUGUCGUAUGGCUGAUAGCCAAAAAUGCGUCUCUAAGAACAGUUUCAAAUAUUUUCAUAACUUCUCUGGCAGUGGCGGACUUCUUCGUAGGACUCGUUAUAGCUCCAGUGUGGAUAAGCCGCUGCUUGUACUCAGACCAAUAUGAACACAAGUUUGCUUUGGCCAUUGACUACCUCUGGAUUCACACGACGGUGGCUACAACAUUUAACUUAAGCUGUAUCACCCUUGAGCGAAAUAUUGCAAUAUUUCACCCUCUUCGCUACCAAGAGAUUCUUACUGAGAAACGAUGUUUUGCAGCGAUAGCAACAAUUUGGUUUAUGUCGCUAGCUCUCCCCUUUUCGAGGUUCUUCAUUAACGGGGACAGCUCCGCCAUAAUGGCCUUAUGGAUGGCAUUUACAGUCAUCACUGUCUUGAUACCCAUGAUCAUCAUUGUAUUGAGUUCUGUUCGGAUUUUAAGAGCUGCUGCACAUCAGUCGAAACGAGUCGUGCCUUCCAGCAAUUUGGCGAAACAAGACGAAAUUAAAAGAAAUAAAAAGAACUACAAGGCUGCCAAAACUGUUAGCAUAGUAGUAGGGCUUUUUGUAGUGUCCUGGUUACCAAGUUUAGUCACAUCUUUUGUAAAUUAUUUUACUCAGUCUGGUUACUGCGGUCUCCUUUACUAUUACAACACAGUGUGGUUAUGGGUAGAAGCGGUUGCAUUCACUUCCUCGGGAAUUAACCCAUGGGUAUACUGCUUGCGAAAUAGAUUAUACUAUCAAGCAUUAAAUCGCAGUUUCCGCAGUAGAUUGAACAGGGCCAGUAGCUUUAACUCUUGA